CUUAUUGUGCAAAAAACCCCUUUUAUUUUAGGUCUACUGUCUUUUUAUUCUAUAUUUUCUACCCAGUUCAAUUCGAAUUCACUUUUUUAUUUUCUCUUCAACCUCACAAAAUUUACGCCAUGUUCAAGCCAACGCAGGCACAGCACCAGCGACUGCCGACCAGCGGCGCAGAGGCCGACAGGCUGUCCCUGGACAGCGACUCCAGCGGCUCUCUGCCCCCAUCAUUCACAGACUACGCAGACUCGCGGCUCGGCGAGCUCGGAUGGUCAGACGUGCGCAUGAGCACAAGCGGCACAGUCUACGCCGAGCGAGGGCACUCACUAAACGAACUAAGAGACACACCUAACAACGCCACAGCCGCGCUCGGUCUGGACCAGAGGGCGGGCGCCUCAAUGCUGUCGAGUUUCUUCAACCUGACCAACGCCAUUGUCGGAGCCGGCGUCAUCGGACUGCCUUAUGCGAUGCAGCAAACAGGGCUGCUGCUGGGAAUUGUGAUGAUCCUCGUGCUGGCUUGGCUGGUUGACUGGACGCUAAGGAUACUUGCAUUGAAUGCAAAAAUGUCCGGGCGACAGUCAUACCAGGACCUCGUCGACUAUUGUUUUGGGCGCUGGGGGCUGUUGGCAAACUCGUUUUUCCAGGGCGCAAUGGCUGGCGGCGGCAUGGCAUCUUUUAUUGUCAUUGUCGGCGACACACUGCCGCAUGUCCUUGGCUCGCUGUUUCCGUCGGUUGCGGCGGGUUCGGUUGGCCGGGUGUUUUUUUCGCGCCGCUUUGUUGUUGCCUUUUUUGUCAUUUUCCUCGCGUACCCGCUGUCGCUGUACCGGGACAUUGGGAAGCUGGGCAAGACCAGCGCGUUUGCGGUGGUGGCCAUGUGCACGAUCAUCGUGUCUGUGGUUGUGGAGGGCCCGAGGAUCGAUGCGAGCUGGCGGGCUGGGCCCGAGGCUCCCGUGGUGCUGGUUAACAGUGGUGUCUUCCAGGCCGUUGGCGUCAUCACAUUUGCCUUUGUCUGCCACCACAACAGCUUUAUGAUCCACGGGUCGCUAAGGAAACCAACGCUGGACCGGUACUUUGGCGUCGUGCACUUAUCCACGGCUAUAGCGACCGUCGCCAGCCUGGUUAUUGCCGUUUUCGGCUACCUCUACUUCCGCGACAUCACACAAGGCAACGUCUUGAAUAAUUUCCCCCAGGAUAACUUGCUUAUCAACAUUGCACUGCUGGAGUCUCUCUGGUUCGGCAGCGGAUGCGAGUUUUCAUUGAGAAGGCAUGUUUUGAUUACCACUUUGCUGUGCGGUAUUGGGCUGGUUGUUGGCGAGACUGUGUGCAAUUUGGGCCUCUUGCUUGAGUUGACUGGAGGCAUGUCGGCGUCGUUUUUGGCUUUUAUUAUGCCUUCGGCUUGCUUUAUCAAGCUGACUUCACGAGAGAUGGUGGUGUCGAAGAAAACACUGCCGCAUUGGUUGUGUAUUUGCUUUGGCCUCACUGUCAUGGUACUUAGCACAGUGCUGAGUAUCAGGCAUGCGAUGAAAUCCGAUGGCCACACUGCGUCUUGCUGGUGAAGUUCUAUUCUUAUUUAAUUUUUUUUUGGGAUGGGAUGGGGUCGGUAAUUAAGCUAAUCGAAAAUUAGAACGCGUGAUUGGAUACUUGACCCAAAGUGUAAACAAUCAUUUGUCAGUUUUUGAAAAAUAAAAAAAAUUUACUGUUUACCGUUAGAA